AUGCCGCCAAGACCGCCGCCAAGACCACCGCCUGGCCGGGGCCCGUUUCCCCGAGGCCCACUGCCGCGAGGCUUCAGACCUGGCCGGGGUGGCCGCGGUAGCCCAGGCCGGGGCACGCCCGGACGGGCGUCGCCUGGACGGGCGUCGCCAGGUCGCGGCGCGCCCACCCCGCCGCCAGGCGCCGCUGCACCGCCACCGCCGACGCCUCCGCCGCCGCCACCACCACCAGCACCCGAGAGCCCGCAGAAGAAAAUGUUCGUAGACCUGAUGGCAAAGAAGCUGGCCGAGUGGGAUCGCAUGAUGGGCACAGGCAAGGACGAGGAACGCGCCCAGAGUUUUGACAUGUUCCGCAAGCUGACCGACGAGGAAGUCGACCUGGCCAACAGGACCGUCUCGAAAAACAGGCUUAAGGAGUUCAUCGACCUCCAGAUCCAGUACUUCGACCAGCUGGCUGGCGAGAACAACCCGAAACUGAGGAGCGAAGGAUUGAAGAAGUUUCAGCAGGUCUGCGAGAACGAAUUGGCGUUGGCCAAGGCUGUCGGACCAAAGGAAGUGCUGCUCGAAGAGAGCGAGAGCGACUCCGCGCUGGCUAAGAAGCGGAAAGAAGAGGACCAAGCAUGA